AGCGCCAGGACGCUCUUUGGAUAAGUAGCAGCGGCCCCCCCGACCCCCCCGGGAGCCCCCGCACCCCCAGUCCCGCCGGGACACGCGGCGGGGAAGCGCCCGCCCCCCCCCGCGGCAGCGCCCCCCCCCGCGGCCAUGGCGCCCACCGCCCCCGCUCGCCGCCCACCGUCCCCCCCCAAACCCGACCCGGCCUUGGUGCCCCCCCCCAUGCUGCCCCCCAAACCCGACCCGGCCUCCUUACCCCCUCCCCCCGCCGUCCCCCCCAAACCCGACCCGGCGUUCCUGCCCCCCCCGCCGCCCGCCGUGCCCCCCAAGCCCGACCCGGCCUUGCUGCCCCCCCCACCCGGGGUGCCCCCCAAACCCGACGCGCUCGCCCGGGGGGUCAAGGGCACCUUGGGGGCGGCGGGGGAGCGGGGACCCCAAGAGUGCGCGCCCCCCCGGGGCCCCCCCCGCCGGCCGCUGCUGGCCCAGGCCAGCUGGGCGCACCCCGAGUGUCCCCCCCAAGACGGGGCCAAACCGGCCGCCCCCCCCGGCGCCUCGUCCCCCCACCCGUCCGCCGGCCCCCGCCGCCUGCGCUUGGCCGGCGCCAAACCCUUCAAGACGGUGACGACCAGCGGUGCCAAGGUGGGGGCCGACCCCCCCAAACCGAGCAAGACCCCCCCGAAAGCCGCGGGCAGCCGCCUGUCUUGGCCCGAGGGCGACAGCAAAGGGCGCCCCAAAGCGGGGGGCAGAGCCGAGGGGGGGCCCCGGCCGGCGGCGCGCGCCCGCCUGUCUCCCCGCAAGGGGAAGAGCAAGACCCUGGACAACAGCGACCUGCACCCGGGCCCGGGGGGGCUGAGCCCGCUCCCCGCGCAGCCCCCCCCGGGCGCCGAGACGGGGCUCAAGCGGGGGCGCGAGGGCGGCCGAGCGUCCACCCGCGACCGCAAGAUGCUCAAGUUCAUCAGCGGCAUCUUCGCCAAGAGCCCCGCGGCCACCCCCACGCACCCCGCGGGGCCGUGGGCGCCGCUCGGCACCGACGCGCCCAGAGCCGCCUCCCCCAAGGCCUUGGUGAACAGCCAGGAAUGGACCCUGGGCCGCUCUGUCCCCGAGAUCCGCCUGGGCGUCCUGGGCAGCAGCAAGAGCGGGAAGUCAGCGCUGGUCCAGCGCUUCCUCACCGGCUCCUACGUGGGGCUGGAGCCCACUGAGAGUGGACAGUUCAAGCGCGAGGUGACGGUCGAUGGCCAGAGCCACCUCCUGCUGAUCCGCGAGGAGAGCGGCCCCCCGGACGCCCAGUUUGCCAGCUGGGCGGACGCCGUCAUCUUCGUCUUCAGCCUGGAGAACGAGAGCAGCUUCCAGGAGGUGACGCAGCUGCACGCGCUGCUCAGCGGCCACCGCGCCACCAGCGAGGUGGCCCUGGCGCUGGUGGGCACCCAGGACAAGAUCAGCGCGUCCAGCCCGCGGGUGGUGGAGGACGCGCGGGCGCAGGCGCUUUGCGGGGACAUGAGGAGGUGUCUCUACUACGAGACCUGCGCCACCUACGGGCUCAACGUGGACCGGGUCUUCAGGGAGGUGGCCCAGAAGGCGGUGGCCCUGCGGAAGCAGCAGCAGCUGGCGGCGUCCUGCAAGUCCCUGCCCAGCACCCCCAGCCACUCGGCCGCCUCCACCCCCGUCGGGGGGGCCCAGGCCAGCAACGGCGGCCACACCAGCGACUACUCAUCCUCGCUGCCCUCCACCCCCAACGUCACCCACCGGGAGCUGCGCGGUGACACCCCCGCCCCCCCGGGGACCCCCGGCUCCCUGCACCACGGGGCCAAGCGCCGCACCAGCCUCUUCACCACGCGGCGCGGCAGCGACUCGGAGAAGCGCAGCCUGGACAGCCGCGGCGAGGCGGCCGGCAGCGGCCGCGCCAUCCCCAUCAAGCAGAGCUUCCUGCUGAAGCGCAGCGGCAACUCCCUCAACAAGGAGUGGAAGAAGAAAUACGUCACCUUGUCCAGCAACGGGCUCCUGUUCUACCACCCCAGCAUCAACGACUACAUCCACAGCACCCACGGCAAGGAGAUGGACCUGCUCCGCACCACGGUCAAGGUCCCCGGCAAGCGGCCGCCGCGCGCCAUCUCGGCCUGCGGGCCCGCGGCCAGCGUCAACGGGCUGCUGAGGGACGUGGGGACGGCGCCCGAGGGCGGCGCCGUGGGGCUCAGCCUCCCCCCCGAGCCGGGGAUGAAGGCGACGGGCAAGGGGUCCCUGCAGCGCUGCGCCUCCGCAUCCAGCGCCAAGCUGUCCCCCGACGCACCCCCCGCACUGGAGGCCGUGCCCAGCGCCGGCAGCACGGGCCGGGAGCCGCCGCCGUCGCCCGUGGUGGACAGGAAGAAGCACCGGCGGAAGAAGCUGAUGACGCCGUCCAAGACCGAGGGCUCGGCCGGGCAGGCGGAAGCCAAGCGCAAAAUGUGGAAAUUAAAAAGCUUUGGUAGUUUAAGAAAUAUUUAUAAAACAGAGGAGGAGAACUUCGAGUUCCUCAUCGUGUCCAGCACGGGCCAGACGUGGCACUUCGAGGCCGGCAGCUUCGAGGAGCGCGACGCCUGGGUGCAGGCCAUCGAGAGCCAGAUCCUGGCCAGCCUGCAGUGCUGCGACAGCGGCAAGAGCAAGGCGCGCAUGGACAGCCAGAGCGAGGCCGUGGCCAUCCAGGCCAUCCGCAACGCCCGCGGCAACUCGCUCUGCGUGGACUGCGGGGCGCCCAACCCCACCUGGGCCAGCCUGAACCUGGGCGCCCUGAUCUGCAUCGAGUGCUCGGGCAUCCACCGCAACCUGGGGACGCACGUGUCCCGCGUGCGCUCGCUGGACCUGGACGACUGGCCGCGCGAGCUCACGCUGGUGCUCACCUCCAUCGGCAACGCCACGGCCAACCGCAUCUGGGAGCAGAACCCGCAGGGCCGCCGCAAGCCCACCCCCGAGUCCCCACGGGAGGAGCGCGAGUCGUGGAUCCGCGCCAAGUACGAGCAGCGGCUGUUCCUGGCGCCGCUGCCGGCGGCCGAGGCGGCGCUGGGCGAGCGGCUGCUGCGCGCCGUGCGCGACCGCGACCUGGAGGCCGUGCUGCUGCUGCUGGCCCACGGCACGAAGGAGCAGCUCAACGUGGCCGGCGCGGACGCGGAGCGGCGCACGGCGCUGCACCUGGCCUGCGACAUGGCCAUGGUGGUCGUCACGCAGCUGCUGGUCUGGUACGGCGCGGACGUGCGGGCGCGGGACGCGCUGGGCCGCACCGCGCUGUUCUACGCCCGCCGCGCCGGCAGCCGCGAGUGCGCCGACAUCCUGCUGCAGCACGGCUGCCCCGCCGAGGGCCCGGCCGUCACCGUCACCGCCACCGCCGCCGCCGGCCCCCCCGCCACCCCCGGCCCGCGCCGCAAGAGCAGCUGCGCCAGCGUGGGCCCCUGCGAGCCCCGCACCGCGCUGGUAUAGCCGGGACGGCCGGUGCCCCCGGCACCGCGCUGGUGUAGCCAGGACGGCCCGAUGCCCCCUGCACUGUGCUGGUAUAGCCGGGACGGCCGGUGACACCAGCACCGCGCUGGUAUAGCCGGGACGGCCCGGUGACACCCACAGGGUGCAUUUUUGAUGCUCUAUUUAUUAUUCCCCCCGCCCCCCCGCGCCCGCUGGGGUCUUCUCUGGGCUGUCCCCUGUGCCAGGUGGCACCGCGGUGCUGGGGUCGUGGCGGUGGCACUGUCAACCCCCCCCGGACGCCUGGGUCCCCCUCCUGGUGUCCCAUCCCUGGGUGUCACCCCCCGGCCCUGCUGGGGUUGGGACACUGGGGGGCCCAGGCUGGCACUGCAGCUGGUGACACCCCUGCCCAUGUCACCCCCUGCCCAUGUCACCCCCUGCCCGGGCCCAGGUCACCCCCUACUCCAUGGCACCAUCGUGUCACCGUCCCCACGUCCCCCCAGCCAUGUCACCCCCUCUAUGCCACCCCCAUCAUGUCACCGCCCCCCCGGCCAUGUCACCCGUGUCCCCGCUGUCCCCUGGCACAGCCCCACAGGGCAGAGCAGACCCCACCGCCCCCCCCUCCUUUUCUAGAACCUUUUGUACACCCCCUGCCCCCCCCCGCCAUGCCCCCCCCCCCCUUUGUCCCCCCCCCUUUUUCUUGGGAACCUCGUUAAUUUAUUGCUUCGUUAAGCGUUAGGAUAGAGCCACCCCCCCCGCGGCGUCACAGCGGGGGGGGACCCGCCAGCGGGACCCCACACCUCCCGCUGGCCGUGGGCCUGGGGGGGCCCAGCCUGACCCCCGUGAAUGUAGGGACCCCCCCGCUGUGAAGCCCCAACGCGCCCGGGGGGGCUGAGCUGGGGGUCGGGGGGGUCAGGGGGGUCCGGGGGGGUCCGGGCCGUGUACAGCGUUGUCAUCGCUCGGGUUGUCACUGUAAGUACGUAACAAUGUGGGAUUUGGCGCUGUG